UCCCACCCGACCCGCAAAAACACCCAUCGCCCGUCCACCCCCCCCCACAUCCAACAUCCAACAUCCAUAUCCGCAUCCGCUCUGCGCAUCCCACCUCCGCCUCCCCGCGCCGUCUUGCCAUCGGACCCGUCCUUGUCCCGCACCGCAGUCGGCCAUAACCUUCUCCACCGCUUGCUCCUGCGUCCUGCCCAAGUCAAGCCUCCAGCAUGGACAUCCCGCACCUCGAUGCCGAUCUGGCGCAGCCCGUCCAGCCCUCGAGCAACAAAAUCGUCGAGGAGUUCCAGUAUCUCCUCGAAAAGUCCCAGCAGCUGUUUGCUGGCCUGAGAGACCUGCCGCCCACCGGGCGGAACUGGCAGCCCUAUUUCCAGCGCACCUUCGAGGUUUACACCAAGCUCUGGAAGUUCCAGCAGCAGCACAGAGCGGUUCUUGAAUCGUCCGAGAGUUACGGCCUCAAGCGCUGGGAGAUUGGCGAGAUCGCCUCAAAGAUUGGGCAGCUCUACUAUCACUACUAUCUACGCACGAGUGAAACCAACUAUCUACUCGAGUCCUUCAUCUUCUAUGACGCCAUUCGCGAGCGUCAGUACUUCCGGGAUGUCAUGGAGACCAAAAACACCGGCUUGGUCAUCAAGAAGCUGCGAUACUUUGCCCGAUUCAUCGUUGUCUGUCUGCUGCUCAACAAGAAUGCAGUCAUCAACAAGCUGAUGGACGAAUUGACCCUGCUGGUCGACGACUACACCAAGAGCUUCAAGCCCAACGACACUGCCGAAUGGAGCGUCGUCUUGAGUGAGAUCACGACGUUCUUGGAGGCUGAAAAGAAGCUGUCUCCGGUCGACUUUGAGGGCAACGUUUUGUCCGUCACCAACCGCCUGCAGCUUGAGCGCACCCUACGCGUCGACAAGGACGGCCAGCCGAAACUGAAGCUCCAGGAAGCCAUCUUGGUCGGAAACUACCAGAACCAGAUCAAGUUUUCCGAGCUCACCCUCGACAUGUAUCGCAUCCUUCAGUCGCUCGAGCGAGAGCCUGCUACGAGCCUCAUUGGAGUCCAGCGAACCAUGGGCGCCGACGUCGUCGUCAAAAGCGAGGAGACCAACGCAAACGACGAUGGCGGCGAUCGCACCAGCGACAAAUCGGCCACCAGGAGAACGAAUCCACACAAAUAUCUGCUCUACCGCCCCACCAUCUCGCAGCUUCUGCUGUACAUUGCCACGGCUUUUAAGGACAUCUCCGACAACUCGGCCAUGUUGCUGUACAUCUCGGCCAACGGCUGCAAGCGCUCCGCAAAGCCAGAGCAAACCGACUCGAGCUACACCGGAGGCGUUGCCACUGCCGUCAACUACGCACGCAAGGGCAAUGAGAAGAGCGAAUCGGAUCAGACCUCGCUCGUGCACUGCCUGCAUCCGCACGAUCUGGUCCCGUUUACUCGGAAACCCCUGUUCCUGAUCAUCGACAGCACCAACAGCACUGCCUUCAAGAACUUCCCAAAGGUUUUCAACCAGAACUUGAUGUGUCUUUUGAGUCCGACCGAGUACCCCACCACCAUCAAAGAUACCACCCUUAUCGGAAGCCUCUUUACGCUCUUCCUCCACUCUCCCGUCAAGGCUUUUGUCUUCAUCUCGGACACGAACGAGAUCUCCACGAACACUUGGCAGAAAUGCGUGGCCCACAUGACCAGCAUUGAGAGGGAGAUCUCGGACCUCUUGGAUGCCAACCAGAACCUGGACAAAUCUGUCAAGCGGUUCAUGCAGGACGACUUUUUGCGACAGCUGAUUAUUCGCUUUGUUCUCUGCGAUGCAAUCCUGCAUUGCCACAACGCUUUCAAGGAGAGCAAGCAUCUGCCUGCAAGCUACCCCGCGCUCCCGCCCUCGUUCUCGUCGGCUCCCGAGAUCGUGAACAAGAUCCAGGAGCUCGUCAACAUGGCCGAGGUCACAAGUUUCUAUACCUUCAAUUCGGCCGCGCCUGCUGCUGCCCAGGCGCCUGCCAACAGCAGCAGCGGAACGGCCACGCCCGGGGCAGCCCCCGGCACCAGCACCGCCCCGGCACCGAGCUCGGGCAACGAAGAAGCAGUAUCCGCAACCCCUGCGGAAGAGGCAGCGUGAGCGGGCGGCCAGGCUCGAGCUGCGCGAAACGGCGCUGAUCCCCGAGUCCCGCCCACCCAUGUACAAUAUACUACGCUGCGAACACACGAG